AUGGUUCUUUAUCAGCGCCUCUCAAACUUUUCCACCAAGGAAGCCCUGAAGAUGGAGGAGGAUGAAGAGACAGGUGCCCCUGGGCCCCCAGAUCGGGAGCACCUCACCCCAGCUCCUGGCCCUGUCCAGGCCUGGCGGCUCCGAGCGCGCUGCGGCCUAAGCGGCCGGGGCGCGCGGGCAGCAGGAGGGACCCGGUCCAGGCGGGGCAUUGCUGGUCGCCACGGCAACCGCGUGAGCAGCAAACAGCGGGGAGAGCCGGCCGACAGGCGGCCCGAGCGGACGCCGGGGAGCAGCGCGGGCAGGGGACGGAGGCGACGGCGGGGCCCAGCACCGGACGACCGGCCAGCCCGCUGCGUCCAGGUAAAGGGCAUGUCUGAGGCUAGUAUCAGCAUUCGAAAAAGGCUGCUAAUGAGUGUGGAUGAAGGCUGCUAUGAGUGUGGAUAUUUCGAGGAAUUGGCUCCCGCUGUACUGAAGGAAGAGAAGGAAGCCAAGCGGGCACGUUUGGAUGGUAGGCAUGACUACUUAUUUGCGAUUGUAGCUUCCUGUGUGGACCUGAGCAAAACUGAAGUGGAGGAUGCCAUUCUUGAGGGGAAUCAGAUUGAAAGAAUUGAUCAGCUUUUUGCUGCUGGAGGUCUUCGUCACCUCAUGUUUUACUAUCAGGACGUGGAGGUAGCAGAAACAGGACAACUUGGCUCUCCAGGAGGAGUAAAUCCUAUUUCUGGAAAGAUUAAAAAGCCUAAGGUGUUCGUGACCGAGGGAAAAGAUGUUGCUCUUAUGGGGGUAUGUGUGUUCUUCAUCAGGACCGACCCUUCCAGAGCUAUCACCUCUGAGAACAUCCAUCGGGAGGUGAGCUUUAAUAUGUUAGACGCCGCAGAUGGAGGCCUGCUCAAUAGCAUGAGACGUUUGCUAUCCGACAUCUUCAUUCCCGCUCUCAGGGCCACGAGCCAUGGUUGGGGUGAGCUCGAGGGUCUUCAGGAAGCAUCCAGCAUUCAGCAGGAGUUCUUGAGCUCUCUGGAAGGCUUUGUGAGUGUCCUGUCGGGCGCACAGGAGAGUUUGAAGGAGAAGGUGAAGCUUCAAAAGUGUGACAUAUUUGAACUGAAAACCCUGAAGGAACCAAUAGACUACUUGACUCUAGCUAAUAACCCUGAGACUUUGGAAAAAAUAGAAGGUUAUAUGAAAGUAUGGAUCAAACAGACCGAACAGGUCCUUGCUGAAAACAAUCAGCUGCGGAAGGAAGCAGAUGACCUUGGCCCCCGAGCAGAGUUGGAGCACUGGAAAAAAAGACUAUCCAAAUUUAACUACCUUUUGGAUCAAUUAAAAAGCCCAGAUGUGAAGGCUGUGUUGGCAGUGCUCGCUGCUGCUAAGUCGAAACUUCUGAAGACUUGGCGAGAGACGGAUAUUCGAAUCACUGAUGCAGCUAAUGAAGCGAAGGACAAUGUCAAAUAUUUGUACACACUUGAAAAGUGCUGUGACCCCUUGUACAGCAAUGACCCUAUAUCCAUGAUUGAUGCUAUUCCUACACUUAUCAAUGCAAUUAAAAUGAUCUAUAGUAUCUCUCAUCACUAUAACACCUCUGAGAAGAUCACGUCUCUGUUUGUAAAGGUGACCAAUCAGAUGAUAUCUGCAUGUAAAGCUUAUAUUACCAACAAUGGAACUGCUUCUAUCUGGAGCCAGCCACAGGAUGUUGUUGUGGAAAAAAUAUUAUCUGCAAUUAAACUUAAGCAGGAAUACCAGCACUGCUUUCAUAAGACAAAACAAAAGCUUAAACAAGAUCCAAAUGAAAAACAAUUUGAAUUUAGUGAGAUGUAUAUUUUUGGAAAAUUUGAAACUUUCCACCGACGCCUUGCCAAGAUAGUAGACAUCUUUACGGCCUUUAAGACGUAUUCAGUCCUGCAGGAUUCUAAAAUUGAAGGGCUGGAAGACAUGGUCACUAAAUACCAGGAUAUUGUUGCCACUAUAAAGAAAAAGGACUAUAAUUUCUUAGACCAGCGGAAAAUGGAUUUUGACCAAGAUUAUGAAGCGUUUUGCAAGCAGACUAAUGACCUACAUAAUGAGUUGCAGAAGUUCAUGGAUGUUACAUUUGAAAAGAUUCAAAACACAAAUCAAGCUCUAAGUAUGUUAAAGAAAUUUGAACGAUUGAGUAUACCUAAUCUUGGUAUUGAUGACAAAUACCGGCGUAUCCUUGAACACUACGGGGCUGACAUUGAUGUGAUCUCAAAGCUGUAUACAAAGCAGAAAUGCGAUCCUCCUUUGGCCCGGGACCAGCCUCCCGUUGCGGGGAAGAUUCUGUGGGCCCGGCAGCUCUUCCGCAGGAUUCAGCAACCCAUGCAGCUCUUGCAGGAGCACCCAGCCGUGCUGCGGACGGCGGAAGCCAAACCUGUGAUUCGCAGUUACAACAGGGUGGCCAAGGUCCUCCUGGAGUUUGAGGUUCUCUACCACAGGGCGUGGCUUCAGCAAAGUGAAGAAAUUCACAGAGGACUUGAGGCUUCUUUAUUGGUGAAGGCUCCAGGCACGGGAGAAUUGUUUGUAAACUUUGAUCCUCAGAUAUUAACCUUAUUUAGAGAAACAGAGUGCAUGUCACAGAUGGGUCUGGAAGUUUCGCCAUUUGCAGCUGCCCUUUUUCGGAAACGGGAUAUAUACAAAAAGAACUUCAGUAGCAUGAAGAUGAUGCUGGCUGAGUAUCAGAGAGUGAAGUCAAAAAUGCCCCCCACCAUAGAGCAACUGAUGGUCCCUCAUUUGGCCAAAGUGGAUGAAGCUCUCCAGCCCGGCCUGGCUGCACUGACCUGGACAUCACUGAACAUUGAGGUGUACUUAAAAACCACUUUUGCAAAGAUCAAGGACCUGGAAUUGCUGCUUGACAGGGUCAAUGAUCUGAUAGAGUUCCGCAUCGACGCCAUUCUAGAAGAGAUGAGUAGCACACCUCUUUGCCAACUCCCCCAGGAGGAGCCACUUACCUGCGAAGAGUUUCUCCAAAUGACUAAGGACCUCUGUGUAAAUGGUGCUCAGACACUGCACUGUAGAAGCUCAUUAGUGGAGGAAGCAGUCAAUGAGCUAAUAAAUAUGUUGCUGGAUGUGGAAGUUCCAUCUAAAGAAGAAAGUGAAAAAGUAUCCACUGUGAAUGGUGCUGAUUCAAAAAAUGAAACAAAAAGAGAAGAAGGAAAUUCCGACACCUUGACAUCUUCCCGUAAUGCUGGGGCAGGCCUCAUGCCUUUGACAACCAUCACGAGAAAGAAGAAAGAGACUGAGAUGUUAGAGGAAGAAGCCCGCGAGUUGCUCUCUCAUUUCAACCAUCAAAAUAUGGAUGCUCUUCUGAAAGUUACGAGGAAUACACUAGAGGCCAUUCGCAGGCGCAUUCAUUCCUCCAAUAUGAUUAACUUCCGGGACAGUAACAGUGCCUCUAAGAUGAGGCGGAACAGUCUGCCCAUUUUCCGGGCAGGCAUCACUCUGGCCAUUCCCAACAUUGCUAUGGCCCCUGCCCUGGAAGACAUACAGCAGACGCUGAGCAAAGCCGUGGAGUGCAUCGUCAACGUCACCAAGGGGGUUAGACAGUGGAGCAGUGAGCUGUUGUCCAAGAAAAAGACGCAUGAAAGAAAAAUGGCUACUUUGCGGAAUAGUGAAGACAGUGAUUCUGAUGUCGAAAUGGGAGAAAAUGAACCUCAAGAUACCUUUGAAAUAGCAUCUGUAAACUUACCCAUUCCUGUUCAAGCCAGGAACUAUUAUAAGAAUAUUUCUGACAACAAAGAGAUUGUAAAAUUAGUCUCUGUGCUUAGCACUAUCAUUAACUCCACCAAAAAGGAAGUUGUUACAUCCAUGGAUUGCUUCAAACGCUACAAUCACAUUUGGCAAAAGGAGAAAGAAGAAACCAUUAUGACGUUUAUUAUGAAAAACCCCUUGCUUUCUGAAUUUGAAUCUGAGAUUCUCUAUUUCCGAAACCUAGAGCAGGAAAUUAAUGCUGAGCCUGAAUAUAUCUGUGUGGGUGCCAUUGCUCUGUACACAGCUGACUUGAAGUUCACUCUGACUGCUGAGACGAAGGCCUGGAUGGUUGUCAUCGGCCGUCACUGUAACAAAAAAUACAGGAGUGAGAUGGAAAACAUUUUUACACUUGUUGACGAAUUCAAUAAGAAGCUGAAUCGUCAAAUUAGAGACCUUGAUGAUAUUCGGAUUGCUAUGGUGGCACUGAAGGAAAUCAGGGAGCAGCAAAUCUCCAUUGACUUUCAAGUAGGACCUAUCGAGGAAUCUUACGCCCUGCUUAACAAAUAUGGACUUCUGAUAGCAAAGGAAGAGAUGGACAAAGUGGAUACUCUGCGUUAUGCUUGGGAGAAGCUUCUGGCACGUGCCAGCGAAGUUCAGAAUGAAUUGGUCUCUCUGCAGCCCAGCUUCAGGAAAGAGCUUAUUAGUACUGUGGAGGUCUUCCUUCAAGACUGUCACCAGUUCUACUCGGACUAUAAUUUGAAUGGUCCAAUGGCUAGUGGCUUGAAACCCCAGGAAGCCAGUGAUAGGCUCAUCAUGUUUCAGAAUCAAUUUGAUAAUAUAUAUCGGAAAUACAUCACCUAUACUGGGGGAGAGGAGCUUUUUGGUUUGCCAGUUACGCAGUAUCCUCAGCUUCUCGAAAUAAAGAAGCAAUUAAGUCUUCUACAGAAAAUAUACACUCUAUACAACAGCGUCAUAGAAACCGUAAAUAGCUAUCAUGAUAUCCUUUGGUCAGAAGUGAAUAUUGAAAAAAUCAACAAUGAACUUUCAGAGUUUCAGAACAGGUGUCGGAAGCUGCCCCGGGCUUUGAAGGACUGGCAGGCUUUUUUGGAUCUGAAGAAGACCAUUGAUGAUUUCAGCGAAUGUUGCCCCCUGCUGGAGCACCUGGCCAGUAAGGCCAUGAUGGAGAGGCACUGGGAAAGGAUAACUGCUCUCACUGGGCAUAGUCUGGAUGUGGGGAAUGAAACUUUUAAGUUAAGAAAUAUCAUGGAGGCACCUCUUCUGAAAUACAAAGAGGAAAUAGAGGACAUCUGCAUCAGUGCAGUUAAAGAGAGAGACAUUGAGCAAAAGCUGAAGCAAGUCAUUAAUGAAUGGGACAACAAAACAUUCACAUUCGGCAGCUUUAAAACUCGUGGAGAGCUCCUCUUACGAGGAGACAGUACCUCGGAAAUCAUUGCCACCAUGGAGGACAGCUUAAUGUUGCUGGGCUCGCUACUGAGCAACAGGUACAAUAUGCCAUUCAAAGCCCAGAUUCAAAAAUGGGUUCAGUACCUUUCUAACUCAACAGACAUCAUCGAGAACUGGAUGAUGGUGCAAAACUUGUGGAUCUACUUAGAAGCCGUCUUUGUGGGAGGAGACAUUGCCAAGCAGCUUCCCAAGGAAGCCAAGCGCUUUUCCAACAUAGAUAAAUCUUGGGUGAAGAUCAUGAGUCGUGCGCAUGAAAUGCCAAAUGUGGUUCAGUGCUGUGUCGGAGAUGAGACCAUGGGGCAGCUACUACCACAUCUGCUGGACCAGUUGGAAAUAUGCCAGAAAUCUCUUACUGGAUACUUGGAGAAAAAGCGCCUUUGCUUUCCACGGUUCUUCUUCGUCUCGGACCCUGCCCUCCUGGAGAUUCUGGGGCAGGCAUCAGAUGCGCACACUAUACAAGCCCAUUUGCUGAAUGUGUUUGACAACAUUAAAUCUGUCAAGUUCCACGAGAAGAUCUAUGAUCGCAUUCUGUCAAUUUCCUCCCGAGAGGGUGAAACGAUUGAAUUGAAUAAACCUGUGAUGGCAGAGGGCAAUGUGGAAGUUUGGCUUAAUUCUCUCUUGGAGGAAUCUCAGUCCUCCUUACAUCUUGUGAUUCGCCAGGCAGCUGCAAGUAUUCAAGAAACAGGUUUCCAACUGAUUGAAUUUCUUUCUUCCUUUCCUGCUCAGGUGGGAUUAUUAGGAAUUCAAAUGAUAUGGACACGGGAUUCAGAAGAAGCCCUUCGAAAUGCCAAGUUUGAUAAAAAAAUCAUGCAGAAAACCAAUCAAUCUUUCCUGGAGCUACUGAAUACCUUGAUAGACAUCACAACAAAGGAUCUGAGUUCCAUGGAACGAGUUAAAUAUGAGACUUUGAUUACUAUUCAUGUGCACCAAAGGGAUAUCUUCGAUGACCUGUGUCACAUGCAUAUCAAGAGCCCUACAGACUUUGAAUGGCUGAAACAGUGCCGAUUUUAUUUUAAUGAAGAUUCUGACAAGAUGAUGAUUCGCAUCACAGAUGUGGCUUUCGUAUACCAGAAUGAAUUUUUAGGCUGCACUGACAGGCUUGUCAUAACUCCACUCACAGACAGGUGUUAUAUCACAUUGGCUCAAGCUCUGGGGAUGAGCAUGGGGGGAGCCCCCGCUGGACCAGCAGGAACAGGCAAGACAGAGACUACCAAGGAUAUGGGACGAUGUCUUGGGAAAUACGUUGUGGUCUUCAAUUGUUCAGAUCAGAUGGAUUUCCGAGGACUUGGACGGAUUUUUAAAGGACUGGCACAGUCUGGAUCCUGGGGUUGUUUUGAUGAAUUUAAUCGUAUCGAUUUACCAGUUCUCUCAGUUGCAGCCCAGCAAAUUUCCAUUAUUCUGACAUGUAAAAAGGAGCGUAAAAAAUCUUUUAUUUUUACUGAUGGAGAUAACGUGACUAUGAACCCUGAAUUUGGACUUUUUCUAACCAUGAAUCCUGGCUAUGCUGGGCGGCAGGAACUCCCUGAAAACUUGAAGAUUAACUUCCGCUCCGUGGCCAUGAUGGUCCCUGACCGACAGAUUAUCAUAAGGGUGAAGUUGGCUAGUUGUGGCUUCAUUGAUAACAUUGUUUUGGCCAGGAAGUUUUUCACACUCUACAAGCUGUGUGAGGAGCAGCUUUCUAAGCAGGUACAUUAUGACUUUGGUCUGCGUAACAUUCUGUCAGUUCUGAGAACUUUGGGAGCAGCAAAAAGAGCCCACCCCACAGAUACAGAAUCCACAAUCGUCAUGCGUGUACUGCGAGACAUGAACCUUUCUAAACUGAUUGAUGAGGAUGAACCUUUAUUUUUGAGUUUGAUUGAAGAUCUCUUCCCAAAUAUUCUCCUGGACAAGGCAGGGUACCCUGAAUUGGAAAUGGCAAUUAGUAGACAGGUUGAAGAAGCUGGUUUAAUCAACCAUCCUCCUUGGAAACUGAAAGUCAUCCAGCUGUUUGAAACACAGAGAGUACGGCAUGGAAUGAUGACCCUGGGGCCUAGUGGAGCAGGGAAGACCACCUGCAUCCACACCUUGAUGAAAGCCAUGACAGAUUGUGGAAAACCACACCGGGAGAUGAGGAUGAAUCCCAAAGCGAUUACGGCCCCACAGAUGUUUGGUCGGCUCGACGUGGCCACGAAUGACUGGACCGAUGGAAUAUUUUCUACUCUUUGGAGGAAAACAUUAAGGGCUAAGAAAGGGGAACAUAUCUGGAUAGUUCUUGAUGGUCCAGUAGAUGCCAUAUGGAUUGAAAAUCUGAAUUCCGUUUUGGAUGACAACAAAACUCUAACCCUUGCCAAUGGCGAUCGGAUUCCCAUGGCUCCAAACUGCAAGAUCGUUUUCGAACCUCAUAACAUUGACAAUGCUUCGCCUGCUACUGUCUCAAGAAAUGGGAUGGUUUUCAUGAGUUCUUCUGUCCUCGAUUGGAGUCCUAUUCUUGAGGGUUUUCUUAAAAAACGCUCGCCUCAAGAAGCUGAAAUUCUUCGUCAGCUGUACAUCAAGUCUUUUCCAGAUCUGUAUCGCUUCAGUAUUCAGAACUUAGAAUACAAAAUGGAGAUGCUGGAGGCCUUUGUAAUCAUGCAAAGCAUUAACAUGCUUCAAGGCCUGAUCCCUCCGAAGGAGCAAGGUGUGGAGGUCACGCCAGAGCACCUGGGGAGACUCUACGUGUUCUCCCUGAUGUGGAGCGCAGGGGCCGCGCUGGAACUGGACGGCCGGCGGCGGGUGGAGCUCUGGCUGCGCUCGCAGGACUCGCUGGGCUUGGAUCUGCCGCCCCCGGCCGGGCCCAACGGCACCAUGUUUGACUACUACGUCGCGUCCGAUGGUAAAUGGAUGCACUGGAACACGUGUACGGAGGAAUAUGUGUAUCCAUCUAAUGUCACCCCAGAAUAUGGCUCCAUCCUGGUGCCAAAUGUUGACAAUGUGAGGACUGACUUUCUAAUUAAAACCAUCGCCAAACAGGGCAAGGCUGUGCUGUUAAUUGGCGAACAAGGAACAGCCAAAACAGUCAUAAUCAAAGGAUUUAUGUCAAAAUAUGAUCCUGAAAGUCAUGUGAUCAAGAGUCUGAACUUUUCUUCUGCAACCACCCCGCUAAUGUUUCAGAGGACGAUAGAGAGCUAUGUGGAUAAACGCGUGGGUACAACAUAUGGUCCUCCUGCAGGAAAGAAGAUGACUGUUUUUAUUGAUGAUUUGAAUAUGCCAGUAAUCAAUGAGUGGGGAGACCAGGUUACUAAUGAGAUAGUACGACAGCUGAUGGAACAGAAUGGAUUUUAUAACCUAGAGAAGCCUGGGGAGUUUACCAGCAUUGUGGACAUCCAGUUUUUGGCAGCCAUGAUCCAUCCUGGGGGCGGACGCAAUGAUAUACCCCAAAGACUCAAGAGGCAGUUCUCUAUAUUUAACUGCACGUUGCCCUCUGAUGCUUCCGUGGACAAGAUCUUUGGUGUGAUUGGGAUAGGCUACUACUGUACCCAAAGGGGUUUCUCAGAAGAAGUAAGAGAGUCAGUGACGAAAUUGGUUCCCCUGACCCGCCGACUAUGGCAGAUGACUAAGACUAAAAUGCUCCCUACCCCUGCAAAAUUCCAUUAUGUAUUUAACCUUCGAGAUCUUUCUAGGAUCUGGCAGGGAAUGCUGAACACUACUUCAGAGGUUAUCAAGGAACCAGAUGACCUGUUAAGGCUGUGGAAGCAUGAGUGUAAACGGGUUAUAGCUGAUCGUUUCACGAUGUCUGAUGAUGUGACCUGGUUUGAUAAGGCUUUAGUAAAUUUGGUGGAGGAGGAGUUUGGUGAAGAGAAAAAACUCUUGGUGGAUUGUGGAGUUGACGCUUAUUUUGUGGAUUUCUUGAGGGAUGCGCCAGAAGCUACAGGUGAAACAUCUGAGGAGGCUGAUGCUGAAAUGCCCAAAAUUUAUGAACCAGUUGAAUCUUUUGAUCACCUAAAGGAGCGUUUGAAUAUGUUCCUGCAGCUCUAUAAUGAGAACGUCCGUGGCGCUGGCAUGGAUUUGGUGUUCUUCGUGGAUGCAAUGGUUCACUUAGUCAGGAUCUCGCGGGUCAUUCGUACUCCCCGGGGAAAUGCCCUCCUGGUCGGAGUGGGAGGAUCGGGAAAGCAGAGCCUGACAAGGUUGGCUUCAUUCAUUGCUGGCUAUACUUCCUUCCAGAUCACUCUGACAAGAUCCUACAACACAUCAAAUCUGAUGGAAGACCUGAAGAUUUUGUAUAGAACAGCCGGUCAGCAAGGCAAAGGAAUCACGUUUAUUUUCACGGACAAUGAGAUUAAGGAUGAGUCAUUUUUGGAAUAUAUGAACAAUGUUUUAUCAUCAGGGGAGGUCUCCAACCUAUUUGCUCGUGAUGAAAUUGAUGAAAUUAAUAGUGAUCUCAUAUCCGGCAUGAAAAAAGAAUACCCCAGGCGCCCUCCAACCAAUGAGAACUUGUAUGACUACUUCAUGGGCCGGGUCCGACAGAACCUUCACAUUGUGCUCUGCUUUUCACCAGUGGGGGAGAAAUUCCGAAAUCGAGCUUUGAAGUUCCCUGCCCUUAUUUCAGGAUGUACCAUUGACUGGUUCAGCCGAUGGCCUAAGGAUGCCUUAGUUGCUGUGUCUGAACACUUCCUCUCUUCCUAUGACAUUGACUGCAGUUUGGAAACCAAGAAGGAAGUGGUCCAGUGCAUGGGCUCCUUCCAGGAUGGGGUAGCUGAGAAGUCUGUUGAUUAUUUCCAGAGAUUCCGACGUUCUACCCAUGUGACGCCCAAGUCGUACCUCUCCUUUAUUCAGGGCUAUAAGUUCAUAUAUGGAGAAAAGCGUGUGGAAGUGCAAACUCUGGCCAACAGAAUGAAUACUGGAUUGGAAAAGCUAAAAGAAGCUUCGGAGUCUGUUGCAGCCCUGAGCAAAGAGCUGGAAGGGAAAGAGAAGGAGCUACAGGUGGCCAACGUGAAAGCCGACACGGUCUUAAAAGACGUGACAAUGAAAGCCCAGGCUGCCGAAAAGGUCAAGACUGAGGUACAGAAGGUGAAGGACAAAGCCCAGGCCAUUGUAGACGGCAUCUCUAAAGAUAAAGCCAUUGCUGAAGAAAAACUGGAAGCAGCAAAACCAGCUUUAGAAGAAGCGGAAGCAGCCUUGCAGACCAUCAAGCCUUCGGACAUUGCUACAGUUCGCACCUUGGGCCGACCCCCUCACCUCAUCAUGCGGAUCAUGGACUGUGUACUGCUGCUGUUUCAAAGGAAAGUCAACGCGGUGAAAAUUGACUUGGAAAAAAGCUGUCCAAUUCCUUCCUGGCAGGAAUCUUUAAAACUGAUGACUGCAGGGAACUUUUUACAGAACUUACAGCAAUUCCCAAAAGACACAAUCAAUGAGGAAGUGAUAGAAUUUUUGAAUCCUUACUUUGAAAUGGCAGACUACAACAUCGAAACUGCUAAACGUGUGUGUGGGAAUGUCGCCGGUCUUUGUUCCUGGACCAAAGCCAUGGCUUCCUUCUUUUCUAUAAACAGAGAAGUGUUGCCUCUGAAGGCCAACUUGGUGGUGCAGGAGAAUCGCUACGUGUUGGCCAUGCAGGAUCUGCAGAAGGCGCAGGCUGAGCUGGACGACAAGCAGGCAGAGCUCGAUGUGGUACAGGCCGAGUAUGAACAGGCCAUGACUGAAAAGCAGACCUUGCUUGAAGACGCAGAGCGGUGCAGACAUAAGAUGCAGACUGCUUCCGCCCUGAUUGGUGGCUUGGCAGGAGAAAAAGAAAGAUGGACGGAGCAAAGUAAAGAGUUUGCUUCACAAACUAAGAGGCUUGUAGGGGAUGUAUUGUUGGCUACAGCUUUUCUAUCUUAUUCUGGUCCAUUUAACCAAGAAUUUCGCAAUCUGCUGUUAAAUGACUGGCAGAAGGAAAUGAAAGCCCGGGAAAUUCCGUUUGGAGACAAUCUAAAUCUCAAUGAGAUGUUGAUCGAUGCUCCUACUAUUAGUGAAUGGAACCUCCAAGGCCUGCCAAAUGAUGACCUGUCCAUUCAGAAUGGAAUUAUUGUCACAAAGGCGUCUCGCUAUCCUUUGUUAGUAGAUCCACAGACUCAAGGCAAGAUCUGGAUUAAAAAUAAAGAAAGCCAGAAUGAACUCCAGAUCACAUCUCUAAAUCACAAGUACUUCAGAAACCACCUGGAGGACAGUCUUUCCCUUGGAAGGCCCUUGCUUAUUGAAGAUGUUGGGGAGGAACUAGAUCCAGCCCUGGAUAAUGUUUUGGAGAGAAACUUCAUUAAGACUGGGUCUACCUUUAAGGUGAAGGUUGGUGACAAGGAAGUAGAUGUGAUGGAUGGCUUCAGACUCUACAUUACCACCAAACUGCCCAAUCCAGCCUACACCCCUGAAAUAAGUGCUCGAACCUCCAUCAUUGACUUCACUGUCACCAUGAAAGGUCUAGAAGACCAGUUACUGGGGAGAGUCAUUCUCACAGAGAAGCAGGAACUGGAGAAAGAAAGAACUCAUCUUAUGGAAGAUGUAACUGCAAACAAAAGAAGGAUGAAGGAGCUAGAAGAUAAUUUGCUUUACCGCCUGACCAGUACCCAGGGGUCCUUGGUGGAAGAUGAGAGUCUCAUUGUUGUGCUGAGUAACACAAAAAAGACAGCCGAGGAGGUGACACAGAAGUUGGAAAUUUCGGCCGAGACAGAAAUUCAAAUUAACUCAGCCCGGGAGGAAUAUAGACCUGUGGCUACACGGGGCAGCAUCCUCUACUUUCUCAUCACCGAGAUGCGCUUGGUUAAUGAGAUGUAUCAGACUUCGCUCCGUCAGUUUCUCGGCUUGUUUGACCUUUCCUUAGCCAGGUCUGUCAAGAGCCCAAUUACAAGCAAGAGGAUUGCUAAUAUCAUCGAGCACAUGACCUAUGAGGUUUAUAAAUACACCGCCCGGGGGUUGUAUGAGGAGCACAAAUUCCUGUUCACCUUGCUUCUUACCCUGAAGAUUGACAUCCAGAGGAACCGAGUCAAGCAUGAAGAGUUUCUCACUCUUAUCAAAGGUGGUGCCUCAUUGGACCUUAAAGCUUGUCCUCCUAAGCCAUCUAAAUGGAUCCUGGACAUGACCUGGCUGAAUUUGGUGGAACUCAGCAAACUUAGACAGUUUUCAGAUAUCCUUGAUCAGAUAUCAAGAAAUGAGAAAAUGUGGAAAAUAUGGUUUGAUAAGGAAAACCCUGAGGAGGAACCUCUUCCAAAUGCCUAUGAUAAAUCUCUUGACUGCUUUAGACGUCUUCUCCUUAUCAGAUCCUGGUGUCCUGACAGAACCAUUGCCCAGGCCCGCAAGUACAUCGCGGACUCCAUGGGAGCGAACUAUGCAGAAGGGGUCAUCCUGGACUUGGAAAAGACGUGGGAGGAAUCUGAUCCGAGGACACCACUCAUCUGUCUCUUGUCUAUGGGCUCAGACCCCGCGGGUUCUAUCAUCGCCUUGGGGAGGAGAUUAAGCAUGGACACCCGUUAUGUGUCCAUGGGCCAGGGCCAGGAAGCGCGUGCUCGGAAGCUCUUACAGCAGACCAUGGCGAAUGGAGGAUGGGCCCUUCUGCAGAAUUGUCAUCUGGGACUCGAUUUCAUGGAUGAGCUAAUGGAUACAAUUAUAGAAACUGAGAUUGUGCACAAUGCUUUCCGCCUAUGGGUGACCACUGAGGUUCAUAAGCAGUUUCCCAUUACACUCCUUCAGAUGUCCAUUAAAUUUGCCAAUGAGCCUCCACAGGGCCUCCGGGCAGGAUUGAAAAGAACAUAUGGUGGUGUGAGCCAAGACCUGCUGGAUGUGAGCACCGUGGCCCAGUGGAAGCCCAUGCUGUAUGCAGUGGCUUUCCUGCACUCCACGGUCCAGGAGAGGCGGAAGUUUGGUCCCCUGGGGUGGAACAUCCCCUAUGAAUUCAAUCAAGCCGACUUUAAUGCCACUGUGCAGUUCAUCCAAAACCACUUAGAUGACAUGGAUAUCAAAAAGGGCGUCUCCUGGACCACCAUCCGCUACAUGAUAGGGGAGAUUCAAUAUGGAGGCAGAGUCACUGAUGACUACGAUAAGAGAUUGUUGAACACGUUUGCUAAGGUUUGGUUCAGUGAAAAUAUGUUUGGACCAGAUUUCAGCUUUUACCAAGGAUAUAAUAUUCCAAAAUGCAGCACGGUGGAUAACUAUCUUCACUAUAUUCAGAGCUUGCCCACCUAUGACAGCCCCGAGGUGUUUGGGCUGCACCCCAAUGCCGACAUCACCUACCAGAGCAAGCUGGGCAAGGAUGUGCUGGACACCAUCCUGGGCAUCCAGCCCCAGGACAGCUCUGCAGGAGGGGACGAGACCCGGGAGGCUGUGGUGGCCCGGCUGGCUGAUGAUAUGCUGGAAAAGCUGCCCCCAGACUAUGGUCCAUUUGAAGUCAAAGAGAUGCUGCAGAAGAUGGGGCCGUUCCAGCCGAUGAACAUUUUCCUCAGGCAGGAGAUAGACAGAAUGCAGAGGGUACUCACUCUGGUCCGAAGCACCCUGACCGAACUGAAACUUGCUAUUGAUGGCACCAUCAUCAUGAGUGAAAAUCUACGAAAUGCAUUGAAUUGCAUGUUUGACGCCAGAAUUCCUGCUCGGUGGAAAAAAGCAUCCUGGGCUUCAGGCACAUUGGGUUUCUGGUUUACUGAACUUAUAGAAAGAAACUGCCAGUUCACCUCUUGGGUUUUCAAUGGCAGACCCCACUGCUUCUGGAUGACGGGCUUUUUUAACCCCCAAGGAUUUUUAACUGCAAUGCGACAGGAAAUAACUCGGGCCAAUAAAGGCUGGGCUCUGGACAAUAUGGUGCUUUGCAAUGAAGUCACCAAGUGGAUGAAGGACGACAUUUCUUCCCCUCCCACAGAGGGUGUCUACGUCUACGGCCUAUAUUUGGAAGGUGCUGGCUGGGACAAGAGGAACGUGAAACUCACUGAGUCCAAACCGAAAGUGCUCUUUGAGUUGAUGCCCGUCAUAAGGAUUUAUGCAGAGAACAAUAGUGAAAGAGAUCCUCGGUGUUAUUCCUGCCCCAUCUACAAGAAGCCAGACCGAACGGACUUGAAUUACAUCGCCGCCGUGGAUCUCAGGACGGCCCAGGCCCCUGAACACUGGGUGCUCCGUGGGGUUGCCCUUCUCUGCGAUGUCAAGUAACCUGGGGCGUGUCCCCCACCCAAUACUUUGGAAAAUGCAAGAUCCAAGUGAUCAUAACCUUUAUUCUUCUACGAGUGCUGGACAGUGUGUACAUCAGGUUGAUGGUGAAUUAAUGAACUGCAUGGGUUUUCCGUACUCUUUAGAUAGUUGCUUAAUUACAUUUAACCUGUUUUGUCGUUAAUGAUGAAUCACUGUGUUUGUUGAAAAGUUGCUUGGUGAUUUAAAAGUAAAAUGUACAACUUCCUAAUGAAGUGUGGCCCUCAAAUCCGCAGUAAUACAUAUUCUUCUUCCUUCAACUCUAAAGACUGACUAAGUUAAGCAGACAAUAUUUCCCUUGGAGGGAUUAUUCUUUUGUUAAUGAGGUUCUGGUGACAGCCCGGUUUUCUAAGGUGACAUGGCAAGUUUGUGCUGAUUUUGCUUCUAUUGCCUUUUGCAUUUAGGUCAGGUUAAGAGAUUUAUGUUCAUGGCUCAAGCAGCUAAUUAAAAAGACCUUUUAAAAAAUGGAUGGAAAUAGAAGAAUGGGUUAAGAAUGUGAACAGAUGAAUAGACAGUUCAUGUAAACCUAUAGAAUAAAUGUAUAGAAUAAUGUUCAACCCUAUUGAUAAUUAAUAAUGAAAUACUAACUGAUAUCUGUU